GAAACCGAAGCGUUGUUGUUGUUGAUACAACAGAAAAAUCGAAAAUUUUGCCGACAAAAAUAAUUUUUGGUGUUGAUAUUAUUGAUAAAUUUAAAAAUCUUGACGUGCUGUAAAUGUGUGAUGUUUGAUGAAUUGAUUCUUCGUAAUCGUAACAGGUGUUCAUGUUAUUAUUAGUUUCGAUUUCAAAAGAGUGACUGACCAUACUUGAAGCAUUCCUCGUAGAUCAUCUUCAAUUUUUACGGAUAGAUCAUGUCGUUGAGUUGAAAAUAGAAUUUGGGUAACCCUUCCCCUAUAAGUUCCACACUAUGGUUCCUCUCGGUACAGCAAACCAGCCCUCAUCUUUACCCGGGACGUCGUCUGGUUCAACAUCUUCAUCAAAAUCUUCUAAACCAAAUUAUUCCCUCAAGUUCACUUUAGCCGGGCAUACGAAAGCUGUUUCAUCGGUUAAAUUUAGUCCAAAUGGAGAAUGGCUCGCCAGUUCAUCUGCGGACAAAUUGAUCAAGAUUUGGGGGGCGUAUGACGGUAAAUUUGAAAAAACCAUAUCUGGUCAUAAAUUAGGAGUCAGCGAUGUCGCCUGGUCUAGUGAUAGUAGAUUGCUUGUAUCGGCAUCGGAUGAUAAAACCUUGAAAAUAUGGGAACUGAGUACGGGAAAAUGUGUCAAAACACUGAAGGGUCAUAGCAACUAUGUCUUUUGUUGUAAUUUUAAUCCACAGUCCAAUAUUAUUGUUUCUGGUUCCUUUGACGAAAGCGUCCGAAUGUGGGAUGUACGAUCAGGAAAAUGUCUGAAAACGUUACCAGCUCAUUCGGAUCCAGUAAGCGCCGUACACUUCAAUCGAGAUGGAUCACUUAUUGUUUCCAGCAGUUAUGAUGGCUUAUGUCGAAUUUGGGAUACUGGAAGCGGACAGUGUUUGAAGACAUUGAUUGACGACGAUAAUCCUCCGGUUUCUUUCGUUAAAUUUUCACCGAACGGGAAAUACAUUCUAGCUGCCACUUUAGAUAGUACGUUGAAAUUAUGGGACUACAGUAAAGGCAAAUGUUUGAAAACUUAUGUUGGACAUAAAAAUGAAAAAUAUUGUAUAUUUGCCAAUUUCUCAGUUACUGGCGGAAAAUGGAUUGUUUCCGGAUCAGAAGAUAAUUAUGUAUACAUCUGGAAUCUACAAACGAAAGAAGUCGUGCAAAAAUUGCAAGGCCAUACAGAUGUGGUAUUAUGCACAUCAUGUCAUCCAACUGAGAAUAUUAUUGCCUCCGCUGCAUUAGAAAAUGACAAAACGAUUAAAUUAUGGAAAAGUGAUACUUGAAGAUAUUACUUGUUGUAACAUGAUAAUGUCAUUUAAAAACGACAAUUUGUGUUGUAACGAUAUUUUUGUUUCGUGGAAAUAUUUUGGACAGUUCUUAAAAAGCAGUGUUCCUUUACGAAAAUAUUUUUCGAAUAUAAAGAGAACAGCUCUCACUUCGCCUUACAUUUCAUUUUUAAAAUGUGUAUGUAUAACAUUUGAAAAUUUUUAUCAUAGCUUUUUUUUAAAAACCAUUGUGAAACGUGUACAUCGCACAUCAUGUGUAACUAUUUUUCGUUUUUAUUUUAAUUUGACCAAGUAAGAAUGAAUCAUGGUGAAUUUUGGAUUAAGUACAUAGAUAUUGUUAUGUUCUCAGUUCAGUAAAUUUUCAUUUUUUAAAAUUUU